AUGAAAGUCCACUGGUGGAGUUGGGUGUUGGGAUUUCUCUGCAUGCCUGCUGAGAUGAUGCUCUACAAUUGGACAGUCUCUCAAAGCCCCUCGUCCCUCUCUUUCAUGAGAGUGAACUCAUCGGUUGAGAUCACAUGCUCCACGUCGCUGUCCGACCCGGAGGGUCUCUACCUGUACGGGCGUUUCCACGGCGAUAAGAGCAUCGUGUACCUAUCCUUGCACGAUGGACAAGUCGUCAAAACGACCCCGGCUACAGAAUUUACAGGCCGAAUUCACGUGACUCCAGAGCAGCAGAUGGAGGCAGGUACUGGGUUCACGCUGCAUCUGUCUGGGCUGGAGCUCAGCGACACCGACUUCUACUACUGCUCCUGGACUCACUUCGUAUCGCAGACUGGCAGACUGGAAAACCAGCCAAGCAAUGGCACCGUGAUCAUUAUCACAGAGCACGAUCCUCAUCUUCACUGCAGGGACCAGAUCUGGGAUCUGACCUCGAUUUGCUUGAGUGCGGCAGCAUUCACUGGCGUCCUGCUCUUGAUCAUUGUAGCACUGAUUCUGCAAUGCAGAACGUUUAAGAAGAACUUCAGACCUGCCAGAGCUGAAAAACCACUCAGACCCAGAAGCCCUCCGCACGUUUGCCCUCAGCACAGGACACUGUGCAGUCCCUAUAUGGUCACAUCUACGAAUGCUCUGGACUUCAGGGGCAUUCUGUGAUAUUCUUUUUUUUGUUUAAAAAUAUACAGUAUACAGCAUUUUUGAAACUUUUGAUUUUGCAACUUGUUAACCAUCAUAAAGGUGCCUCGUGCUUUUUUGCUCUGAUUUUCAUUUCCUUUUGAAGUUAAAUUUGUGUUUUGUUUGCCGAAAAAGUCAUUGAGCUACCACAUCCUGGCUGAUGUAUGUGAAUGUUUUUGUUUGCAACGCAAGCAGUUUGUUCAUUUUGUUUGACCUUUAAUUUGUAUUCAGUGUAAACCCUUUCUUUACCCUCAGUUGUGUUUGCGUUUGAAGUAGAUGCCCAUAUUGAUUACCUCAGAAGUUAGUCAAGAAAAACAGGAAAUAAUGACAGUUAUCACUCAGUUCUGUUUCUGACUUUGUUUCACUGACAAUUUCUUUCUUCCUUCCUUUUUCAACAUAAUGUGAAAGCAUUUUAUAAAUAAAGGUGUUUUAAAAUCAUGUGACAUAUUUGUGUCCCCAGUCACUUCUGGGGUUUUAUCACAGUGUUAUUAUUGUUUCCUACUUUCCCUUUUAAUCAGUUUGUUGUUGUCUUUUAUGAAGAUAUUAGAAACUUUAAAUCUGCAUUAAAUAGGCAGCAGUUGACUCUGAUUCUGUAAUGUCUUCAUUCAUUCCUUACUUCCUUCCUUUUGCAAAUACAAUGUGUUUUGUGUUUGUAAACAAACCUGGCCAGAUAAGCUUCCACAAAUAAAUCUAUCUGUAAUUCUCCA